AUGAAAAGCGCGGUUCUAUUGUUUUUAUUAGUCUUUUGUUUCACAAAGUAUGUGACCAUUCAAGCACAAAAUCCAAUUGGUUUGAAAGUAUCCGCAUCUCUACGUGGUUUGUUAUUAGGAGCAGCAGUCGUGGUCAAGUAUCUACAGCCUAAUAUUGAUCAAGGACGAUAUAAUUCUAAUGUUGUGAAAAACUAUCAACUGAUUGUACCCGGAUAUGAGUUAAAACCUGAACAUAUCUGGCUGGACGAAAAUGUCUAUAAUUUCUCGGACGCUGAUUGGCUUCUGGGAGCCACACCGAACACGACAGGAUGGGUGCAACAGAAUGGCAUGCAGUUGCGUGGACAUACAUUAGUCUGGGCGUACGACAUGAGAAUUCCACGUUGGUUAUUAGAUAGGGAAGCGUCCAUAACGCCAGAAAAAGCUAAAACUCUAUUACGUAGUUAUAUUCAUACAGUAGUUGGCCGAUAUCGAGGAAAAAUUCAAUGGUGGGAUGUAAUUAAUGAGCUCAUUUCCAAUUAUAAUAAUACUCGUCCAUUUUAUAUAGCGAAUUCGUUUUGGUAUCGAAAAUUAGGUAUAGAUUACGUUAAAUAUGCGUACAUAUUCGCUCAUGAAGCUGAUCCAGAUGCUAAACUUUACUAUAAUGAUUUCGGAAUUCAACAAGGAGGAUUUAAAGCUGAUCGAGUGUUUGAUCUCAUCGAUUGGUUAAAGUCAGAAAACGUUCCUAUUCAUGGUGUUGGGAUACAAUGGCAUAUAAAGGUUUCCGAAACUGUCACGCCAGGAGAUGCACAUUACCAAACAGCUCAACGAUUUAUUGAUCGGAAUCUCGAUUUAAUGGUGACAGAACUCGAUAUAUCGAUUCCAAUGGUUGAUAGUCAUCCAGUUGAUCCGAAUGACAUUCAAAAACAAGGUCUCGCCUACCGUUCGAUUUUGGACUAUGUCCUUUAUUUCGCUCCACGAACUCCAGCAUUACUUACAUGGGGUUUCACAGAUCGAUAUAGUUGGAUUCCAGCAGCGAAUAAUUAUACCCAAGGUGAAGCUUUGCCAUUGGAUGCUAACUAUCAACCUAAGCCAGCUUAUUGGCAAAUGCAAGAUGAUCUAGCUCGCGUUCUUCUAAAUGGGAUCUAUCGUCUUUCACCCAAAUCACAGCCGAGCACAUGUCUUGGCAUUGCCGAGAAUAGUACAAGAAGUGCAGUGCAACUUUAUACCGGUGCUUGUAAUCAAACCAACCAACAAUGGAAUCUUAUGUGGCUUGGUGAUGGUACUUAUCGCUUUUCUCCACAGAGUGUCAAUAGUAGUGCUCUCAAUGCUUAUAAUGUGACAGCAUCGACUGGCACUGUUCGAAUUUAUGAAUGGAUCGGUAGUUUCGAUCAAGAAUGGGUUAUUAGCUGUCAAGGAAAUGCGACAUAUCGUAUUGGACCACGCAAUGCAUGGCAACGCGUGUUAGCUGUCGAUCAAACAUCUAAUAUUGUAAUUAUGAAUUCCACGAGAGACGAGCGACAACAAUGGAUCAUCCAUUAG